AUGGCGGCAAGUCGCAAGCGAACCACGCAACACACAAGUGCUACGGCCGACGGCUUCUGCCUGUGCCAUUUGAAGAGCUUCUGGUACCAUCUGGGUCGACUGGGUCUCUAUUUGGGUUACUAUAAUGUGAGCUAUGCGGAAAGCCAGCAACGUUUUGUCUGCGACGAACAGUUAUAUGUCCAUCUGGUUGCAAUCGUUAAUCUCUUCUGCAGCGUUGCAUAUUUGUGGUUAAGCCAGCACUGGAUAUACGAUAGUCUGAUCUUCUUGCUCUACGUCCCGCUCUAUAUUUACUUCCUUCUGUUGCGCCAGCACCUGACGCGACUCCUGAACGAGGGCGCUGCUAUUCAUGGCGCCUUGGAGCAGACUUUGGGGGAGCUGCUAUGUGUUCGCAUCAGGAAGGCGACCGUAUUGAUGUUGUUGGUGCCGGCGUUGCAGUUGCUGCUGCUUAUGUGGCAGGCGCAAAUGUACUACUGCUACCAGAUAGCUGCCAUUGCUGGUGCCGCAAUCAUCUACCACAUGAUGCUAAUGUUCUUGGCCAAUUACCUAAUCUGGUUGGCCUGCAUUUAUCGAGCGUUGAGCAUAUUUCUGGCCCAGCACAUGAACUGCACCCGUUUGGAGGAGCUGCGACAGAUUUUGCGUCAGCAGCCAUUUAUUGAGAGCCUGCAUUUGCGCGUCUGUCGAAGCUUUGCGCUGCAUCUGCUCAGCUUUUUGACUUUAUUGGCGGUACGCAUCUGGCAACUGCUGGAACCCCAUUUUGGCUGGCCGAGCAGGCAAGGAACCAUUUUGCAUUUGCGCACCGAUCGCAUGUUGCUCUGCCAUCUGACACUACUUGUCUUUCAUCUCAUCACGUUGAUGGUGAUUGCUCACGAUUUGCAACGCCAGCGUUGGCGCUUUGAACGCAACUUCCUGCAUUUGGCUGAUGAGCCCAAAUACUUCGUUUUAAAGUCGUGGCGGCUUCUCAAGCAUAAUGUAAUCGCACAGCCAUUUGGAGUACCCUUGAUGAGGAUUGUUCCACGACGACGAGCUAAGCAACGCAGACGUGACAUUAUCCAUUUGCUGUUCUCGACCAAUUUUUGUGUAACCAGCUUGUGUAGAGCUCCUUUGGUUAUAGUGGUGCUGGGAAAGUUCAGCCGAUGUUACGAGCUGCGCCUUAGUCUGCCGCUGCUUAUGAAGAGUCUUAUAAAGUUAACAAUAUUGUUACUGUUAUCGCUUUAUCAACGGCUCAUACUGUACUCGCACAUAAAGGUGGAUUUCUACAGUUCCUAUGCACACAAUGAUUUCGACGUCAAUGUGACAAAGUCGUUAAGUCAGGUCUAUCGAUUUUAUUACUAUGACGAAAUGGAGUGA